GUCCAUCUCUUUUCUAUCUGAGUGUGUGUGUGUGUUUGUUUUUGUUUUUGGUUCUUCUCUUUUCUACUUCUCGUCACCGAUAACCAAUGUUGGCCAUAUUAUCACCAGUAUCGAGCGUAGCGUUUGACAGCGGAUGUGUUUUGUUUGAAUUCUUCCGACUAUUUUCCACCAUGAUUUUUUUUUGCGUUUACCAUGGUCGAUGACCUGUUCCUAUUGUCUCUGUAGAGAGAUUGACACCAUUUCCGAUAUCGUUUAUCUCUUUUGUUAUCAUUCUCUCUCUCUCUCUCUCUCUCUCGCUCUAUGUCUCUCUUCGACUGUCUAUUUUGAUUGAAUCCUUUCCAUUAGUAUCUCUUUCGAUCCCUGUUCAACUGUUAGUUUCCUUUUAGUCAUACCUCUUCAAACAUACUGAUUAGAAAAGAAACAAACACUACCAAAAAUGUGUCCUUCUGCCUUCUAUACACUGCAAACACAUUUCGGUCUGAUACUAUUCUACUCAACACUACUGCAUCGGUGUGAAUUAACCUUUCGUCUCUUCGUCUCUCUGCCUGCUACUUAAACUAUUCUCCAUCUCUCUCCCUCUCUCACUCUCACUCUCGCUCUCUUAGUCUGUCUCAAGUUAAGGAUCUCCUUCACACAAUGUGUGCUUCUCUUUCUCUCUCUCUCUCUCUCUCUCGCUCGGUUGCUGUCAACCUUCUUUCACUGUCGUGUGUUGGUUCUGUUUUGCACUAGUGAUUUUUUUUACUACAUCUUAACACUUGGUUUCUAGUCUCUUCUGCUGCUGUACCUCCUCCUGAGCAUCUUUAGAGUGAGCGUUUAUUGGUUUUUUGUUAUCUUGGUGUGUUACUUUUUUCCUCUCCUAUUCUAGUGUUUACUAGAGCACACCACAAGCUGAUGGUUUGUAAUUUUUUGUUUGAUUUUAUCUUCCUUGUUUUUCAUUGUGAUAAGCAUUAAUUUGAGUUUUUUUUUGCAAUCGACUUACAAAAAAGUGCUGGUUGCUCAAUAGAUUUCGGCUUUAAAGCUAUUGUGUCUUUCGCUUGAGCCUUGUCUCAGAGUAUUUUAAAUGCAUUUUGUGAACUCUUUCAACAAGCGCUUAUAGUUUUUCUAUGCUUUAAAAUAUUUGUCUAAUAUAGAAAAUAGUAACAACAUAAUGUUACUACCUGUCAAUUCAAUUGUUUUCAAAAAGAGCAAAACCUAGUUUAAAAAAAAUCUUGUAAUGUUAUAUUUAUCAAUUAUUUAAUGUUUUUACUGGACCAAGCAUAGCUAUCUUCAAACUGUUUUGGAUUUUGAUAUGAGAUGUUUAUACAUUAAUAUCAACACAAUUUUCUCAAAACUAAACUAAACCCAAACUAAAGUGACUUAUUUAGACAAUGAUUAUUCUUUCCCUUCUGUAUAAGUUUAUAAAUCUCUCGACUGCUUUGUAGUGGACACUAGAAAGUAAAAGUACAUACAUACUUUUAAAUCGAAAACAUAAACCGGGAUCGAGAAGAGUUAUUUGCUUAUAUUUUUAAUUCUUCAUGCAUAUUCUUCAGACAAAGUAUUUUGUAGCCUGUCUAUUCUUCAUUGCAUUUUUGUGGCAUAAAAACUAAACUCAUCGUAACAAAAAUUUAUGAAAAAGCAUAAAGUUGAUUGGUAGAGAAAUUUAUCAAUUCUUUAUCGACAAUCAGAUAUAAGAAAAAACUUUCCUCAGAUACCAGAAGCGAAUGGAGCAAACUUAUCGUAUGCAAAGUAUUCAAACCCUCCUAUCAGAUUUACCCUUUCCUUUCUCUUUCUUCUUUCUUCCAAUCACCCUCAACCAUCGCUGCAACUUCAACUCGAAACGAAACAACCAAAAUAAACCGCAGGAUUCCGAACCUGGACUGGAACGUUUCACCAUGUUGCACUUUCAAACCCUGCGGCGUUGGAUGUACAUUGGUUGUGUUGGGAAACUUAAAGAACACACGAGUUGCAUACCACGCUGCGAUAGCUGCAGUCUGCUGGACCGUUGCUUCCAGUGUCCACUGUCCCGGCACUCGGAGUCGCGCGAGUGCGGCUGUCAGUUCGCGCUGCUGCACCGGGCGGACACGGACAGCUAG